UGGCCCCGCUCGGCCCCGCUCGGCCCCGCUCGGCCCCGCUCGGCCAUGGCGAGGCGGGCGGCGGCCCCCGCCAGGCCCCUGGGGGAUGAUUUCUCCUUCGUGAGCCCGGUGGUGAAGUACGUGCUCUUCUUCUUCAACCUGCUCUUCUGGAUGAUCUCCAUGGUGAUGGUGGCCGUGGGGGUCUACGCCCGGCUGCUGAAACACGCAGAGGCAGCCAUGGCCUGCCUGGCAGUGGACCCCGCCAUCCUCCUCAUCGUGGUCGGCGUCCUCACCUUCCUCAUCACCUUCUGCGGCUGCAUCGGCUCCUUGCGGGAGAACAUCUGCCUGCUGCAGACGUUCUCCGCCUGCCUGACCGUCGUGUUCCUCCUGCAGCUGGCGGCCGGCGUGCUGGGCUUCGUCUUCUCCGACAGGGCACGAGGGAAGGUCAGCGAGAUCAUCAACGGGGCCAUCGUGCACUACCGGGAUGACCUGGACCUGCAGAACCUCAUCGACUUCGGGCAGAAGGAGUUCAGCUGCUGCGGGGGCGUGUCCUACAAGGACUGGUCCCAGAACAUGUACUUCAACUGCACCGCCACCAACCCCAGCCGGGAGCGCUGCUCCGUCCCCUUCUCCUGCUGCCUGCACGACGCCAACCAGACCGUCAUCAACACCAUGUGUGGCCACGGGAUGCAGGACAAGGGCUACCUGGAGGCCAGUGCCUUCAUCUACACCAACGGCUGCAUCGACAAGCUGGUCAACUGGAUCCACAGCAACCUGUUCCUGCUGGGGGGCAUCACCCUGGGGCUGGCCCUCCCCCAGCUGGUGGGCAUCAUCCUGGCUCAGCUCCUCAUCAACCAGAUCCGAGACCAGAUCAAGCUGCAGCUCUACAACCAGCAGCACCGGGCAGACCCCUGGUACUGAGCUGGCGUCCGUCCGUCCCACGGCACAGCGGCGGCUCCCGGCACCUCAACAGCUGUCUUCCCAACCCCGGAUCCAUGGGAAGAGCUGAGGGGGCUUUGCUGGAGAAGAGGGAGGUAGGAGCAGGCUGUGGAUCCGUGGUGGCCGCUGUGCUGCGGAGAGGGACGCGCAGGGACACUGGAGACUCGGUGCCUUUGGUAGCCGGUGACGGGCUCGGCCGGGACGUGCCGAGCUGCUGUGCCCUGUUUUGGGGCCUGACCCAGCCCCAGAACCACUGUCUGUCUGUCUGUCUGUCUGUCCUGCUGGGGCACAGGUCGUGCACAAAGGUUUGCACUGGGAUGUGCUUCCCAUC